UCCCCAAAUCAAAAUCACACACACUUUACCAAUCAAUCAUAAAAAAAAUUCUAUAUCUAUCUCUAUAUUUUCAAUCUGAUCUUAAAUGGCACGUACCAAGCAAACCGCCAGGAAAUCCACCGGAGGAAAGGCUCCACGUAAGCAGUUGGCCACCAAGGCGGCAAGGAAGUCGGCACCGGCGACGGGAGGAGUGAAGAAGCCACACAGAUUCAGGCCAGGAACGGUUGCGUUGAGAGAGAUCAGGAAAUACCAGAAGAGCACUGAGCUUUUGAUCAGGAAACUUCCAUUCCAGAGGCUCGUCAGGGAAAUCGCUCAGGAUUUCAAAACCGAUCUUCGAUUCCAGAGUUCUGCUGUUGCCGCUCUCCAGGAAGCUUCAGAGGCGUACCUUGUUGGUCUGUUUGAAGAUACUAACCUUUGUGCGAUUCACGCUAAGAGAGUCACUAUAAUGCCAAAGGACAUGCAACUUGCUCGUCGUAUCCGUGGUGAAAGGGCUUAGAGUGUUGGUGUUUAGUUUGUGAUGGAAGUUAGGGUUUGUAGAUCUGGAGUUGUGUUGGUAUUAUCUGCUUAUUUCUUAAUGAAAUGAAAUGAAUAUUUGAGAAUUUUCUGCUUA